AUGGUUAGAUCAACGCUCUGUUCUUUGGCGUUCGCCGCAGGCGCCUUUGCCUCGCCACAAUGGCACUUCGACAAAUACACACAUCCAGGAUGGCCAGAGCCAAGCGUCUAUACUCCUCGCCAGCCAGGGAGACCUACCUGGCCCUGGACGUAUCCGUACAAGAGCUCACAGGCAGCGAGCACCGCCGCUCCUACUUCAAGUGUAGCCACCACACCAUCUGUCACUUCUACUAGCUCUGCUACUGGGACGCUUGGAGCAUGCGCCAGCGUAGCCAAACUUGCAGCCUCCUUCACUAGCGCCAGUCCUAAGGCCACACCGACCGUACCUGCAGAGCUAGCCUAUGAUUGUAUCAACAGUGUCCCGUUCAAUCAGUCCGCAGCAGCAGCACUUUUAGACUCCAUUCGGCCUUACAUAGACUGGCAGACAACGAUAGAGUAUCUCAAGGACCCGCCAGCCGAGUACGCAGCCAAGGUUCAAGCCCCGUACGACUUCUAUGCGAAUUGGGACAGCAUUGUUGCGAAGGUUGCCAGUGGCAGCUAUGCCAACGAGUAUCAGUUCGGCUUCGACCUCUACAGAGUCUUCCAAAGAUCGCACGAUGGACACUUUGUCUUCUAUCCUGACAGUGUCACGUCUAUCUUCUCCUUUGGCCGUACCACUCCACUAGUAUCGGUGUCUACAGAUGGAGUCAGCAUACCAGAAGUAUACGUAUAUGCCGACGUGCUUGCAGCAUCUUUCGGUAACACGACUUUCACACCGAGCCCUCUUACCCAGAUCGAUGGACAAGACAGCACCGAAUGGCUUCUGGAUUAUUCUGAGAAUGGCAGCUUGCAAGAUCGUGAUGCUUUGUGGAAUAACAUGUUUUACAUUUUGGCACAAGUGUCCUUGGGUGCAUCGGGCACAGGUACUGGCACAUUCUCGGGAGGUGGACGUGGCCGAUGGAUCUACCCUGGACCAACAACAACGCUGACCUUUGCGAAUGGGACCAGCAUAACCCUCCAGAACUUUGCACGUGUAAUGCAACCCUUUGACAACAUCACCAGUGGUGAGGACAUCUAUCGAACGUUCUUCACCCCUCCCGCGAACCAGAUCGAGUCUGCCGAGGAGCUCGCGACCAUGACCACAUCGUCGACUUCUUCGGCGAUCGCUUCGGCCACCUCGAGCACUUCUUCCGCGGCCAGCACUAGCAUACCUGCCCCUGGAUAUCCUUCGCCCAUCAUUCGUGAGAAGGCCAACACCAAUUCUGGCUACUUCCUCAACGGCACAGGUUAUGAUGAUGUAGCAGUGCUCUCCGUGCCUACGUUCGUCGGCACCGGUUCCGACGAGAUACCUUUUCAAGCUGUCAACACAUACUUGAUUGAUCGUGCCGUUGCCGCAAACAAGACAAAGCUGAUCAUCGAUGUCUCUGCCAAUGGUGGCGGCACGAUCUUGCAAGGCUACGAUCUGUUCAAGCAACUAUUCCCACACAUCUUGCCUUAUGGUGCAACACGCUUCAGGGCCAAUGAAGCGACAGACCUUAUUGGGCAGGAAGUCAGCUACUAUUCUGGACUUGUCCCGCGUAGCCUGGACACCAAUGACACUGUCCAGAACUGGGUAUCGUCCUUCUGGAAUUACCGUACUGAUGCCGACGUUAACUACGCACCUUUCACGUCUUGGGCCGAGAAGUUCGGGCCGCACGCGUAUGGCCCAGAACCUGACAACUUCACCAGCAUUAUCAGAUGGAACUUGAGUGAUAUACUCACGCCAGACAAUAGUGGCGGUAUCUAUGUCAGUGGGUACUUGAACCGCAGCAACAUCACCACGCAACCAUUUGCAGCCGAAAACAUCGUCAUUGUCUAUGAUGGCUACUGCGCAUCGACUUGCACUAUCUUCUCCGAGCUGAUGCGACAACAAGGAGGCGUCAAGACCAUUGCGCUCGGUGGCCGACCGAACAAGGACAUCAUCCAAGCUGUCGGAGGUGUCAAGGGGACGAACGAUCUCCCUUAUGACUUCAUCCUCAGCGGUGCUGAGUUCCCAUUUCAGUACCAAUAUCUACACAACGCCAGCUACUACAACACUACUUCCUUGGCCAACUACAACGACCUUUCGAUCCUGCGAUCGACUGAUUCCGUGGUCAACGCUAGAGAUGGCAUCAGGCAGGGCGACGCUUCCGAGUUACCGCUGCAGUUCCUCUACGAGCCUGCAGACUGUCGCAUCUACUACACUCCUGAGAUGGUCGUCGACGAGACGGCGGUGUGGAAAACCGUGGCUGACACUGCUUUCAACGGCGUCAGUCAUUGUGUUGCUGGGAACUACACUUCAGCUCCCACAGGAUAUGGCAAGCGUGGUGUGAGGAAGCAGCAUGGUGUGAGGAGGGACAUGGAUGUCACUGAGCACUAUGAUGCUAUCGAGCGCUUGGCUGGGACGGUUGGCGUCACAAGCGGUGGAGAUUCUAUCAUGAUACUAUGA